AAAUACUAUGUUCUCCUGCAACACCAGCACUUCUGGUCAUUCUACCUUCCUCCUCACUGGCUUUCCAGGCCUGGAAGCCUCUCAUUAUUGGGUUUCUAUCCCCAUCAAUCUCAUCUGUGCGUUUUCCAUCCUGGGUAACGGUAUCAUUCUUCUCCUGAUCUGCACGGAUCCAGCCUUAUGUGAACCCAUGUACAUCUUCCUGUCCAUGUUGGCAGCCUCCGAUCUAGGCCUCUGUGCCUCUACCUUUCCCACCAUGAUGUGGCUUUUCUGGCUGGGUGCUCGUGAGCUGCCCUUUGAUCUCUGUGCAGCGCAGAUGUUCUUCAUCCAUGCCUUCACCUAUGUGGAAUCUGGUGUGCUGCUGGCCAUGGCCUUUGAUCGUUUUGUUGCCAUCCGGGAACCUCUGCACUAUGCCACAAUUCUUACCCACUCAGCCAUGGCCAAGGUGGGGGCUGCCAUCCUGGUGAGGGCUGUCCUGCUCAACCUCCCAGGACCCAUCCUCCUGCGGCGUCUGCUUUUCCCCCAGAUCAGUGUACUUUCUCACUGCUACUGCCUGCACUGUGACCUUGUGGGAUUGGCCUGCUCAGACACCCAGAUCAACAGCUUGGUUGGCCUGGUCUCCAUCCUCUUCUCACUGGGCCUUGAUUCCUCCCUCAUUGUGCUCUCAUACGCCCUGAUCCUACAAACAGUACUGGGCAUUGCAUCACCCGGGGAACAGCUCAAGACACUCAACACAUGUGUCUCACACCUCUGCGUUGUUCUCAUCUUUUAUUUGCCCAAACUGGGGCUGUCUGUGUUACACAGAGUAGAGAAGCACAGCUAUCCUGCUCUGGCAGUGUUCAUGGCCAACCUGCAUUUCUUGGUCCCGCCUAUCAUGAACCCCAUAGUUUACUGUAUCAAGUCUAAGAAGAUACGUCAGAGCCUCCUAAAGCACUUCCAGCAUAAAAGGGUUGAUGUCUUUUAGAAGAGCAGAAGGAUCCAAUGGUACAUGACCCC